UUAUUAUAAUCAUUUUAGUUUUAUUAUAGUUAAAGGUCGAUUUGGACCACGUCUAGAUUUUGAAAUAGGGCCUCCACGAUCUAGUAGACAACCCUGCACCCACCUCUCGAUCAAUUUAGACUAUUUUCAUUUCUCCAUUCAAUUUUUGAGCUAUAUCCAUUUUCUCUUCCUUCCAGAUUUACUUUCCUUCCUACUAGGGCUGGGAAUUCGGUAUUGGUUUCUUGGUCAAACUGAAAACGAGAUCGUUUAUUCCUGAUGUAAUCUUUUUCUGAACUUAAGUAUUUUUUACAAUUAUUUACUAAUUUUUAAUUUUGAUAAAUUUAUGAAAAAAAAAAUGAGGGCUACAUUUUAAAUUUUCGAACAGGGCCUCCAAAUAUCAUGGACAACCCUGAACAGAGAAUUCAAUCACCGCUGCCACUUCCAUUUCCCUCUUACUAGUUGUUUUGUUUAGUUGUUCUUAUUUCCCCUUCCACUGAUGGCUCUAAUGAUUAAAGAAAUGGCGCCCCAAACCGUCCACCGACAUCAUUCGGUUUCUCCCUCCCACCACUUUUACUUUCCUUUCCCUUUCUUCAAUAUAUCCUCUUCUCUGUGUCCUUUUUUUUACUGCGGGUUAGAACUUUACACACUACUUUAACUGUGGGUGUAAAUGGUGAUGAUGAGCAAGUGAGGAACAUAGGAUUCAGUGGAGUUGCGCUUUCCUUCUUCCUUUCUUUUUGAUCAGUGUGGUGCUGUAAUGGGGUGCCAGAACUGAAGCUGUCUGAGUCCGAGCCUGAGCUUGAGUCAUGACCCUUUUCUUUGAUGAACUCGUACAGUGGGCAGCCAUACUUUGGACUUUCUUCUUUUUGAGUGCAAGUAUCUUGUUCUCUUCGCCGAUGAACGUGGCCUGUUCUUUUGACCAUUUUUUAACCUAGGGAAACCGUGCUUACUGUCCUCUUCUGCACUAGUUCGAACUUUGGAUCCUCCCUCCCACCGUUCAUUCAUAUAUGCUUAAACAAAUGAGCUUUCCUUUACUUGGGAAGAAGAUACCUUCACUUCAGAAAGUUGGGGACUGUUGUGUAUACUGUAAUUUCAAAUCCAGUCCAAUGUUAGCGAUGGAAAGUAGUUGUUUGGUUAGGGCUUGUAAUGAUUCAUCAACCAUUAUCACGACUUUUGUGGUUGAUGGGAUCAUUACAUUUGCUUCAAUUCUUGCAUAUUUCACUUAAAAAGUACCAAUUUUACUGUCAAUUUCACUGGUUUUGAUUCAACUUCGUUACCAUCAUGAAACUGGGUUUAACUUCUAGUCCAUUUGGCUCUGUUUUCUUUUUCUCCCCAAUUCUGCAGGAAGCCGAGGCUCAGGCAGGACGCCACUGGACUGGAACAGCAGAAUGAGCAUAGCAUCAACCACAGCCAAAGGCCUCGCCCACCUCCACUCUGCAGGCAAACUACCCCACGGCAACAUCAAAUCCUCCAACAUCCUCCUCCAAGCUCACCACCACGAGGCCUCUGUCUCCGACUACGGCCUCAACCCGCUCUUCGGCACCACCGCCCCGCCCAGCCGCGUCGCCGGCUACCGCGCCCCCGAGGUCCUCGAGACCCGCAAGGUCACGUUCAAGUCCGACGUGUACAGCUUCGGCGUCCUCCUCCUCGAGCUCCUCACUGGGAAAGCCCCCAACCAGGCCUCCCUGGGGGCAGGGGACGAAUCCGCGGGGAUCGACCUGCCGCGGUGGGUCCAUUCGGUGGUCCGGGAGGAGUGGACGGCCGAGGUGUUCGACGUGGAGCUCAUCAGGCACAACAACAUUGAGGAGGAGAUGGUGCAGCUGCUGCAGAUUGCCAUGGCGUGCGUGGCCACGGUGCCCGACCAGCGGCCCGAGAUGGCUGAGGUCGUGAGGAUGAUUGAUGAGGUGAACAGAGGGGAUGUCUCGACGACGACGACGACGGAUGAUGGGUUGAGGCAGUCUUCCGAUGAUCCGUCGAAAGGCUCCGACGGUCAGACUCAGACUCCUCCCGCUGAGUCCAGGGCAACUCCUGGUAGUGCCAGCGCCGUUACGCCGUGAAGUGCGGUGUUAGUUCUGUUUCUUUUUUUAAGGGAAAAGAGAAAGGAAACGUCGUCGUUUGGGGAGGAGAUGUGCACAGUGUUCAUAAGUAAAGUGGGAUUUUUAUUUUGUUUGGGUUUAUAUCGAUUUUUGGAGGGUCUUUUGGGGGUUUCCAAUAUUUUUAUUUGUUAGUUUCUGACAUUUUUUUUUAUCUAUUCCCAGAAAUGUCAACUUUCAAAGAUUAUUUUUUUUUACCGGUGGGGUGAAUGGGAAUUGGUGGUAGUUCCAUGAUGAAUGAAGUGGCUGGAAUUUAAUUUAACCAUACAUAUUUAUUGACCAAUUUUGGAAUUUAAUUUAACCAUACAUAUUUAUUGACCAAUUGUUGGACUGUGAUGCAAAAAUUGACAAAUCGUAAUAUCAGAAUUUCUUUUUUUGUCGGAGUCUAAAUUUAUAAAUGUUAUUUGGCGAUAUGUAACUGUAAUGUGCAGUGCAACUGACAGGUAUUUCCGAAUGGAUCAACAUCAAACUACGAAUUAGCCAGCCACCUCCACAUCCCGGUGUUUCCGUUCCAACAUAGCCACCCACCUCCAUAUAUUGGGAGACCAUGCAUAACCCAUAAUUGCUGGAUCGUGUGUAGUCUAUCCUUAUCUCCUAAAAAGAGUUUCCUUUAUGGACUGUCUUAACCAAGCUGAGGUUAAUAUAAUUACGUUUUCUGAGUUCUUGAGAAUGGGGUAAAUUAGAUAAAUAUCAAAAUAAGGAUGCAUGUCCAUGGUUUACUCUCAAUUUUCGGUCCAUCUGUAUCUUUAUCGUGUAUCGUUGUCGCAUGUGAUUUCGUAGUGGUGAUCCGACAACUGAAUUGUAGGUCGGUAGAAGAUUUUUGUUGGGCGGUACCCUGCUUCGAGAGUGUCGCCAAUUAUUGGAGCCAUGUUCUCAUUGUUUAGAUUUUAGGACAGUUCCGCGAACUACCAACUUAACUGUGUCUAAGAAAGUAGCACGUGAAGCUCUGUCAUUGGAGUUAUGUUCAGUAAUUGUUGCUAACACAAGAUAGUGGGAAAUGAGAUGGACAUAUCAUACCGCAAUCACGAACUCACACACCCACCACUCUCUAUGUUAUGUCACAAAACAUGGUCCUUUUUGCUUUAUGUAUCUUCUUUAAAUACGGGAUUUGUUUCAUAGGUGGGUGUGUGUCUUCAUGAUGAUCAUAUUGCCUGUCUGUAGGGCAGAAAUGAAAGCUAAAUUUGGCCCACAUUUUCGAUAAAUCAAUGUCAUCAAUCAUCUAUUCCCUUUCACAAUAAAUUAACCACUUGGAAUGCAUGGGGGGAACAAUAAGCCAAAGCUGGUCCAAAACCCUAGCUAGAAAAUGAAAGAAAGGACAUAGAAAUGUCAAAAGAGUAGCUACUUUCGCACACAAAUUAUACAUUGAUAUUAAUAACUUGUGUUUGGGUUUUGGUGAUCGUGAUGGUGGAAGAGGAGGAAUGAUAUUUUUAUCGAGCCAUCGAGGGUUAGUUUCGAAUGCAAAACCAGCAUUAUAGUUGAGUUGAUAUGACUCGAGUAUGGUCGUCAAAGAUACUACUUUAGACAGUUCAUUCUGAAUCGUGACUACAUUAGCAUUUUAUGCCAUUUACUGUGUAUGUGUUUCUUUUUUUUAGCUAGCUAGCUAGAUGGCCGCAUUACCCCAUGUGACAUGUCUAUCGCGAUCACAACUUUGUAAUAUGCAUUUCCUACUAGGGGCAUACAUCGCUUUUUGGAUUUUCUUAUGUAUUGAUAGUCUGGCUCAUCGUUUGGCCUGCUAGAUAAUGUACAAUACCUUUCAGAUUCCAAAAUUUCAAAUUGGUUAAUGAUACAAGAUGAGUGGUGAUUGAGAAAGAAGGAGUUUAGAGAGGAGUGACGAUAAACACGAUGAAGAAAAAAAUCGUUAGAAAACUACUAGUGUUAGUGACCAUUUUGAAAUUGUUCCAUAAACCAUGUUAAGAACA